AGGCCUUGUGUAGCUUGUUUAAUUAAUGCAGACACCUUAGGGUAUUGUCUGUUGGUUUGCCCGAUGGAACUGAUCAUUUAUGUAAAGAAAUCCCUGAAGGAAUCGGAAGAUUGAUGCACUUGAGAUCCCUUCACUUGCCUUGGAGUAAUCAAUUAGAAGGGCUGCCCGAAAGGCUCUGCAACUUACUUAAUUUGGAGUAUUUGGAUUUGAUGGGCUGCCAAAAUCUCAAGCAAUUGCCAGAUUCCAUAGGAAAAUUAAUCAACAUGAGGUUUCUUUAUACUAAUGGUUGCCAUGCUCUCAUUCACUACCCUCAAGGUGUUCGGAUAUUGACUUCUUUUAGACAAUUAAAGGGGCUCAUUGCCAGAGCUGAUCGCAAUGAAGCUAAAGAAUGGAGCCUUGUUGAUCUUGAAAACUUGAAGCACCUCCUUGUACUGCAUUUCAAAGUGGUGGGAAAUUCAAUCGAUAUGGCGCAGGCUAGAAAAGUUCAUCUUCAGAACAUCCCAAAGAUAUGGAUAUUUUUGGCUGGGAAUAUUCAAAAAGCAGAUAUAAAUGAAGCCUUAGACCCACAUAAAACCAUACUAGAUUUGAAGUUCGUUGACGACUACUGGAUGGGCUUUUGAAUACAAAAGCUUAUUUUCCGAAGUUAAUGGUUUAUACUAAAUGGAGCAAUAAUGCUUUCAAUUUUAU